AUGGACACCUUCAAGCCGACCGGUUUGGAACUCACAGUCCAGAGCCUGCUCCAAGGCCUUGGCCUUUUGAUUGGUGCUUAUUGGACUGGAUGGAUUGUCUACACACGGGUCUUCCACCCGCUAGCAGCUUUUCCAGGUCCAUUCUGUGCUUCAGUGUCGCGAGCCUGGAUUGUGCGCUCUGUGAUCAACGGGAAUCCCCACGAGGUCCAGAAACGACUCCAUGCACGUUAUGGUCACAUUGUUCGCGUUGCGCCAAACGAGCUCUCCAUAAGCGACCCCGAGGCUGUCAAGACUAUCUACGGCGUCAAUACUGGAUUUAUCAAAACUGAUUUCUAUCUGGCUUUCCGCGCACCCUAUACCCGAUACCCCGACCAUUUCACAUCCACUGAUGAGAAAGUCCAUGCUCAAAGGCGUCGAAUUGUCAACGGCGUAUAUACUAUGCAAAGCAUUCUCCAGUCAGAGCCGUACAUUGAUCAAUGCACAGAUGUUCUCUUGCAGCGACUUGGGGAGUAUGCAGACGACGAAACAUCGAUUGACCUGCUUGAGUGGGCGCGAAUGUACGCUUACGACGUCAUUGGCGAGCUUUACUUCAGCAAAAUGUUUGGUUUGAUGAAAGCAAAGGGCGACCAUCUUGGCAUAAUGAAAUCUACCGACACCUUGAUCCCUGCCAUGGCGAUUUCGGCUGUCAUGCCAUCAUAUCUCCGAUCGUUCUUCAUGCUUGUUGGCGUGUUAUUUUCCGAGACACGAAAUGCGCUUUCGGCAUUGAAUGACCUGGCCACUGCAGCGCACUCUGCUGUUCAGGGUCAUGUUCAGAACUCCAGUUCAGACGAGGGCAUUAUCCGACGUGUUGAUAUUAUAUCCAAGGUAUUUAAGAUCCACCAAGAUCAAGGCGAAAAGCUUGAUUUCCAGAUCGAUGAUGUGAAGCUGGAGGCCUUUGGAGGAUACUUUGCUGGAAGUGAUACAACAGCGAUUCACCUAUCCACCACAUUAUAUUAUAUCCUGAAAAAUCCCGGAGUUCACGCAGCCCUCAACAACGAGAUCACACAAGCCACGCAGCGGGGCAACUUGAGCUUUCCGCAUGUAUCCUACCAUGAAGCGAGCAAGCUGCCUUAUUUGAGCGCGUGCAUCAAGGAAGGCGCCCGCUUCCAUCCCAGCGUGGCACUCACAAUGCCCCGACAGGUGCCAUCGAAUGGCUGCCAGAUUUCAGGGAAGUGGAUUCCUGGCGGAGUUCGUGUGGGAAUUAACCCGGCGGUCAUGCAACUCGAUGAAGCGGCUUUUGGAGAUGAUGCAGGUGAAUAUAAUCCAGAUCGUUGGCUGAAGCCAGAUGCCGAUAAGAUGAAGAGAUACAUCCUCCAGUUCGGAGCUGGUUCCAGAGGAUGUAUGGGAAAGAAUAUAUCCUUGUGCGAGCUGUAUAAGGUCAUUCCUGAGCUACUUCGCUCAUACCGUCUUGAGCUGAUCAGCCCAGAGAAGAACCUCGAAACAACCGGUUUCUGGUUCUACAAGCCAGCAUCUAUGGGAAUUCGGAUCUUCCGUAAGUAG